GCUUUUCGACCCGACGGCGGCCUGUACUUUGUGUGCUGUAGUCUGUCGCCCCGGAUAGAUGCAGCUCGCUACCUGUGAGAUCCAUUGCACCCUCGGAGGCUGAGAGUUCUGGUUCUGCAUUUUGUGAGCUUAACCAUGGCCGCGAGCCGGCCGUCGUCCGCCUGGACGAUGUUGUUUUCGUUGGUCAUCCUGAUAGGAUGUCUCGUUGUCCCCGGAGUCGCCGUGAAGCAUGAGAAUUUCAAGAAAUGCUCGCAGUCCGGGUUCUGUAAGCGAAACCGAGCGUUGGCUGACGAUGCCUCCGCUAAGGGCUCGUCGUGGAGCUCUCCGUACGAACUCAACCCUUCAUCGAUUCAUUUUCAAGAUGGCCAAUUGCAAGGAACAAUUCUGAAAUCCAUUUCCUCGACACAGAAAGUUGAACUUCCUCUGGUGGUAUCCUUUCUGGAAUCGGGUGCCGCUCGUGUCGUGAUCGACGAAGAAAAACGAUUGAAAGGCGAUAUCGAGGUUCGCCAUAACAGCAAAGCGCGGAAGGAACGGUAUAAUGAAGCAGAGAAAUGGGUCUUGGUCGGUGGUCUUGAAUUGAGCAAAUCUGCCGCUUUGAACCCUGAAGCCGAGGCCGGAAUCUCCAAGGUCUCGUAUGGACCCGACAAUAGGUUCCAGGCCAUCAUUCGGCAUGCUCCGUUCAAUGUGGAAUUUCAGCGUGACGGCGAGACCCACGUCCAGUUUAACAACAAGGGCUACAUGAACCUGGAACACUGGCGACCGAAGGUGGAUGCUCCGGAGGGUGAAGGGGAGCAGGAGGCCGUCGAAUCGCAGGAAGAUGAGAGCACUUGGUGGGAGGAGACCUUUGGUGGAAACACCGACUCCAAACCUAGAGGCCCGGAGAGUGUCGGCUUGGACAUCUCGUUCCCCGGCUACAGCCACGUAUUCGGUAUCCCGGAACAUGCUGACUCGCUCUCCUUGAGAGAAACAAGAGGAGGUUCCGGCAACCAUGAAGAGCCCUACCGCAUGUACAACUCAGAUGUCUUUGAGUAUGAGCUCAACAGCCCUAUGACCCUGUAUGGGGCCAUUCCAUUCAUGCAGGCACAUAGAAAGGAUUCUACGGUGGGUGUCUUCUGGUUGAACGCCGCCGAGACCUGGGUAGACAUUAUUAAGUCUCAUUCUUCCGUCAACCCCCUGGCUUUAGGGGUCGGGUCCAAGACGGAUACUCAAAGUCACUGGUUCUCGGAGGCUGGGCGAAUUGAUGUAUUUGUGUUCCUGGGCCCCACGCCGCAAGACCUCACCAAAACCUAUGGGGAGCUCACCGGCUACACUCAGUUGCCUCAGCACUUCGCUAUCGCGUACCACCAGUGUCGCUGGAAUUAUAUCACCGACGAAGACGUCAAAGAGGUCGACCGCAACUUUGACAAGUACCAGAUCCCUUACGACGUCAUCUGGCUUGACCUUGAGUACACCGAUGACCGGAAGUAUUUCACGUGGGACCCCCUUACCUUCCCCAACCCAAUUGGUAUGGAAGAGCAACUUGAUGACUCUGAGCGUAAGCUCGUGGUUCUCAUUGACCCCCACAUUAAGAACAAGAACCAGUACACCAUCUCGGAAGAGCUGAGGAGCAAGGGCUUGGCCACUCAGAACAAGGAUGGCGAAAUCUAUGAUGGUUGGUGCUGGCCUGGAUCAUCCCACUGGGUUGAUUGCUUUAACCCCGAGGCCCGCAAGUGGUGGACAUCACUGUUCAAGUACGACAAAUUUAAGGGCACACUUGGCAACGUCUUCAUCUGGAAUGAUAUGAACGAACCCUCGGUUUUCAACGGGCCCGAAACCACCAUGCCCAAAGACAACCUGCACUACGGUGACUGGGAACACCGUGACAUCCAUAAUGUCAACGGUAUCACCUUGGUGAAUGCAACUUACGAUGCCUUGCUGGAGCGCAAGAAGGGUGAGGUUCGUCGACCUUUCAUUCUCACCCGGUCUUAUUACUCUGGCGCUCAGCGCAUGUCCGCCAUGUGGACGGGUGAUAACCAAGCUACUUGGGAGCACCUGGCCAUCUCUCUUCCGAUGGUCCUGAACAAUGGCAUUUCCGGCUUCCCUUUUGCCGGUGCCGACGUUGGUGGCUUCUUCCACAAUCCGAGCAAGGAGCUUCUCACGCGGUGGUACCAGACAGGUAUCUGGUAUCCUUUCUUCCGUGCCCACGCGCACAUUGAUACCCGCAGGCGCGAGCCGUACUUGAUCGCCGAACCCGAACGGUCUAUCAUUGCCCAGGCAAUCCGCCUGAGAUACAGCCUUCUGCCAGCCUGGUACACUGCCUUCCAUGAAGCGUCGGUGAAUGGAACGCCCAUUGUGAGACCUCAAUACUACGUUCACCCUUCGGACGAGGCUGGGUUCGCCAUCGACGAUCAGCUCUACCUUGCCGCCACUGGCCUUCUCACCAAGCCCGUCGUUUCCGAAGGGACCGACUCGGUGGACAUAUACAUUGCUGACGACGAGAAAUACUAUGACUACUACGACUACACUGUUUAUCAGGGCGCUGGAAAGACUCAUCGGGUGCCCGCUCCUCUCGAGCGAGUUCCAUUGCUCAUGCAGGGUGGCCACAUCAUUCCCCGCAAGGAUCGCCCCCGUCGCAGCAGCGGAUUGAUGAGAUGGGAUCCGUACACCCUUGUCAUCACGCUCGACAAGAACGGCGAGGCCGAGGGAACGCUAUACGUGGAUGAUGGGGAGACCUUCGAAUAUGAACGUGGAGCCUACAUCCAUCGCCGCAUUCAAUUCCGUGACUCCACGUUGUCAUCCGAGGACCUUGGGACCAAGGGCGCAAAGACGGCCGAAUACCUGAAGGCCAUGUCGGAUGUUCGGGUGGAAAGGGUGAUCGUCAUUGAUCCCCCCAAGCAAUGGCAAGAGAAGACCAGCGUGACUGUGAUUGAGGAGGGAUCCAACGCCGCAUCCACCGCGGCGGUGGAAUAUCACGCGCAGUCCGCCGGGAAGGCCGCGUAUGCCUUGGUGAAGAACCCCAAGGUUAGCAUUGGCAAGGCCUGGAAGAUCGAGUUCUGAGCGGCAGUAGUGCCGCCGACGAAGGCGCGUAUACAUAGGACGACUCUAUAGCACAUUGGAAUUAGAUUCCCCAGGACGGGUCGCAUCGUGUC